CCUUUAACCUCGGGCGAGGUCAUGGACAUGAAAAAGAGGUACAGCGCCGCCCUGUGAGUCUGGUUGGAAAAACCGUCUGUCGGCGGGGGGAAAUAUUAGAAAACACAACACAGCAUGAAGCUGCCACAUAUCAAUUGAUAGGCGGUAUUAAAAUUAUUUUUAACGGUUGAUCUGAAGGCGUGGCUGGGCGGUGAGCCCGGGAGACGCGCGCGGCAGUCGUUUGAGAUCACCGGACACCGCGACUCUGUACAUCGCGAUCAGCUUUUCGUUCCCACGACCAAAACCAGACGAGCCACCUCGGGGUCAAACCGUCAGGAAGUCGACCGCACGAGACGUGGGAGGUAGCAGCGGAAAUGUUAGCUAUCAACAGCUCCGUUUGAGGGGGACAUUUUGUGGGCCAUCUCGGUGACCGCAUGCCGUUGCUUUUGCUCUAGCUAACGGGCUAUUUGCUGGGCUGCAGCCAGCUAACUUUAGCUGAUCGGGGCCCUGUUCUCCCUCUCGAUACCUGCCUUUUCCGGAAAUUUCAAGGGCCAUGGAUUUCCCAGGCCACUUUGAGCAGAUCUUCCAGCAGCUGAAUUAUCAGCGUGUCCACGGUCAGCUUUGCGAUUGUGUCAUUGUGGUGGGCAGCCGACACUUCAAGGCCCACCGCUCAGUGCUGGCAGCCUGCAGCACCCACUUUAGAGCGCUGUUCACUGUUGCAGAGGGAGAUGCUAGCAUGAACAUGAUCCAGUUGGACAGCGAGGUGGUGACAGCCGAAGCCUUUGCUGCUCUGGUGGACAUGAUGUACACAUCAACACUGAUGCUGGGGGAAAGCAAUGUCAUGGAUGUUCUCCUUGCAGCGUCACAUCUGCACCUCAACAAUGUAGUCAAGGCCUGCAAACACUACCUGACGACGCGCACGCUGCCUAUGUCCCCUUCAUCCGACAGACCCGCCCAUCAUCACCCUCAGCAGGAACAGCAAAGGCACAGGCAGCAACAGCAAGUAGCUGAUUUAGCAGUGAACCCCACAUUAGCAGUUAAUGCUAACCUUGCAGCAAAUGCUGCCACUUCAAAGAUGCAGCGCUCCUUCUUGCUUCAGCAGCUGGGGCUCAGCUUGGUGAGCUCCGCUUUGGGUGGGAUGGAGGACGACAGGGUGGGAAAUGUAGUCGGCAGUAGGGUGGUUGAUCAGAGGGCCUCCUUUCCGAUCCGACGCUUCCACAAACGGAAGCCCUCUCUGGCGCUGGGUCUUUCAGAGGAGAGACCCAGACAGAGACAGCGUCCUUCAGCGCCUAACCUGGGGUUGUUAGGAGAAGAAGGGGUGAAUGCAGAGCGAGAGGAGGGAGCUCUUCUUUCCCCAGACUCCCACAAGAUGGGAGACGAAUCCAAACUUGAUGUUUCAAUCACUGGGUUAGCAGCUGCAUCCCAAGAUGACCCUCAGAUGCCCAGUCAGUCAGACAGUGGACGCUGUGAAGGGGAGAACUUGGGGAGACUUCAGGGAGGUGUGAACAAAGAAGAGGACAUGGAUGAGCAGGAUCAGCAGCAGAAUAACAGAGCAGGGGUGAAAAUAAAAUCAGGAACAGAGGAGGAGGAGAACGAAGAAGAGGAACAGAAGGUGGUUGUUAAACGUGAGCCGCUAAGUUCUCCCGAGCCGGCUGAUGAAACCAGCGACGUCACGUCGCAGGCCGAAGGCAGCGACCCGCCUGAGCCUGGGUGCCAGGAGGAUGAGGAGAAGGUGGAGCUGAGCCCAGAGAGCAGCGACCGCAGCUUCACCUCUGAACCCCAGCCCAGCUCCGACUCUCUUCUCCAGCCGAGCUCCCAGCUCCUUCUCAAGAGCAGCAUGGGAGGAGGAAGUGGGAACAGGGGAGGUUUUGGGUGUAAUAAUGACCUGAGUGGCAAACCUGGUUUCAGCAUUUCCAGCUUUCUCAGCCAAAAGGAUUUUGCGACUAGCGGCUCGGGGAUGGUUGCUGGAGAGGACGACCUUCCUAACACAACAACUGGGGAUGCAGUUGCACAUCACUUUCUGCUGAGGCAGGAAGCUGCUGGGCCUUCUGGCUCUGCUUCUUCCUCUCUUUUGCAGUCAGGUCCACUCGGUGGUGAGAGUAGAAACAGUUUUGGAGAUAACCUUCAAGCUGAUUCUCUGUUCCUCCGCCCCCUGCAUGAUAGCUUAGGAAACCCCAGGGGAAAUGGGGCAAGUGCAAGAGGGGGACGUGGAGGAGUGGAUCCUUUUGAUUUGGACUUCCAGCGCUCAAGUCUGGGGCUUCAUUCUCUGGGGCGACCCUCAAGAGAGCCUGGAGGAGCCAGUGGCACAAGUCUGAGUUAUCCAGGCUACAGACGCAUUGCUCCAAAAAUGACCACUGGCAUGGGAGGAGAAGAGGGAGUAGGGGGUAUUCUUCAGGAUGCUGCCUCCUCUUCCUCAAGUCUAGCGGGUCCCCUGCUUCUAAAUGAGAACGGGGGAUAUGAGAUGACGGGCGGCAGGCCCACCUCCCUCCCCCCUCAGCUCACCCGAGCUUCAGCAGACGUUCUGUCCAAGUGCAAAAAAGCUCUCUCUGAGCACAAUGUCCUGGUGGUUGAAGGGGCACGAAAAUACGCCUGCAAAAUCUGCUGCAAAACCUUCCUCACCCUGACUGACUGCAAGAAACACAUCCGUGUCCACACGGGAGAGAAACCCUACGCGUGUCUCAAGUGCGGAAAACGCUUCAGUCAAUCUUCACACCUAUACAAGCAUUCCAAGACCACCUGUCUGCGCUGGCAGAACAGUAACAUGUCCAAUGCCCUGCUGUAGGGGCAGUGUGUGUGUGUGUGUGUGUGUGUGGAGAUUAAAACACUAGGAAUCAGUGGAGCUGCCUUUAAUGUUACAAAGCUGUUGAAAGUUCUCUGGAGCUCUAACAGAACAGACAAUUUUAUUAUCUGCUCUGUCCAAACUAACCAGUCCUGACCAAAGAUGUAGUUGUACAUUAUCUUCUCCAAGACAAGUUGCUAAAAGUUACAUUUAUCUUUUAGAAAGAUUAUAGGGAUAUAGGACAUGCAAAACUGGCACAUUUUUCGCUGUUAAUUCAUUAUAAGGUGUUGAAGUGUGCCCUUUAAACUUGACUGUAUUUAAGCCUGACCAAUUUCUCUGCGGGCUGAUAUUAUUAGCCAAUAUUAGCUAUUUACUGAUCUAUCAGUAUCUGCAUUUAUAACGGCCAAUAAAUGAAAAUUUAAAGAGUAGAGACAGAAGGAACGCUCUUCAACCACGUCUUGAGCAGAGACAGUAUAAAAGUUCAAUAAAGCUAUUGUGAUGUUUGCGAACUCUCAUUUUGAAGCCUCGAAAAGAGUGUUUCCACUCAUCAGCUGAUCCGAGCAGAGAAGGGCAGAGCGUAAAUGAAUAACUGCAUUUUCCUAAUCGGUUUAUAUUUCAUGUGUCUGAAAGAAAAACAGUGUCAACCAGAAUGUUGGGACAUUGGAUAUUUAAUUCACCAAAUAUCAGGAUGUGGUGUAAAAAUCCUGUAAUUGUCGGGCUCCUUCCUGUAUGAGUAUAUUGAGUAUUAUGUGGAUCUUACAUUAUGCAGCCUUUGGACAUAAUAUGAUCCAACCCUGUCUGGGCUUGGGUUUUGAAACUGAAAGCCUCUUUGUGUGUGUGUGUGUGUGUGUGUUUUGUUUUUUUUUUGUUUUGUUUUGUUUUUUUUAAAAAGAAUACAAUCACACAGGAUUUUUUACUUAACUUGAGUUCUUUUGAGGUGAACCCUUAGUGCCGAUUCAUUGUUAGUGGUACGCUUGGAAGUAAAUCGGAUUCAGUCAUUGCAACACUCAGAGGCAGCUGUGCAACAUCGGCACUAAAGACUGACAUGUAAAAUAUUGUAGUUAUAUUAAUAUUGAGUGCACAUUUGUAAAAGCAUGUAGCAGCGUCCCACAUCUAUUGAGUCAUCCCAGCUGUUCAUAUUUACAGUGCCUUGUUCUGUGCACAGGCAGUUAUAUCAACUUAAAAACGAAUUCAUUCACUUUGGUUGCCAUUAUGCUUGGAAGUGCUAGGAACUAAUGUUUUUUGGGGUACAAUACAGAAAAAGGCAGAGGCCCCAGUGUGUGGGACAGCCAUGGUUAAUGCUGAAAUCUGUAGCAUUUUGAAACCAGCAGAGAAGAUGAGAGUAUCUUGUGUUGUAAUGGUGGUUUUAUUCUGUUGUUGUUAUGCAGUGAAAUGUCAUCAGUACUUUGUUAAUUAAUGUUCAUCAUCAGGAACGAAGCAACGGACCAAUUAAAGUCAGAUUCAUGUGACGUGAUCAACCUCUGUGGCUGACUUUCAGUCCAUCACUGGUGGUGUUGCUGAGCUUAUUUAUUGUUGAGAAGGUUUCUGGUAAGAGGCCAAAUCAUUCAGAAUGUACUCGUGGAGGCCUUCAUGUGUCAUAUGACUGCAAGAUUAACAGCCUCGCUUUAAAACACUUAUACCUGUAGUUUGUCAUAAAUUCUGGGGGAAAAGGUUGAAUUACACUAAUUACCCUCUCAGCAUUAUAGUUGACCUUAGAGUGAAGUUUCAGUGUUUACUGAAGUAAAACAAUCACAGUAAUCAGGAGGAAGAAAAAAAUCUGUGUUCACAUCAUUUUCUGUCUAAAUUUGUAAAACACUAUCGUGAUUGUAAAAGAUACGGCACUACAAGACUUUCCAUCCUUAUUGGACACCGAUUGGAAGCUCCAGCUCUCCGGUGUUGUGUGUUUAUCGAAAGGAUGGCGACAUUUCAGUGAAGAGUUUAGCCUGUGUUGGCAAAAAAAAAAAUGCUUUAGAGAUGUAAAUAUGGCACAUUUCUGAUACGUUUCAUCUCUUCGAGAAGAGACAAAACAACUCUUAAAGAUGUAAACAUUGUUGGUAUGUUUGCUACUGUACUUGAGUGUUUUUUACAUGUCUCUUUACAUAUAAUGUUGCUUCUGAUACAAAACACUGAGACAAAUCAGUCUUUUUUUACAACUAACAAUGUUUACUGGAAUGUUACUGUGUGAAAAUGUCUUCUUUGUAAUGCAACCAUCCAACUCACUCAGCUCUUAAUGUUUUUUUUUUUCUUUAUUAUUCUGUUGGGCUGGAAAUUAAAACCAAGAUUUUAGCUUUUUUUUUUUUUUUUUUUUUUAUGAUCAUGAAGGAUUUCCGCUAUUCUAGGAAAAUGUAAUAUCACUAAAGGAAUAUUUCACAUGGGGAAAGUGGGGAAAAAAAACAAAGAUUUUUGUUUGUUUUUUGUUAAUUACGAGACUUUUUGUGUUUUAUUUUAUGUAUCUGUAUUUUAAUGUAACUUGAUAAAUGUCAAGAAAUGCUGUAAAUUACAAGACAACUAUGUUACAAUUAAAGAUUUGUAUAAGCUAAAACGAAAAAAAGAAUAUAAACAGGAUUUGCAAAAAUAAUAUCACAUGAAGGUUUUCUGCUGCCACCUGUCAGACUUCCUGCAGGUUGUAAAACAGAACGGCCUUAUUGGAUGGCAGGAUGUUUUUUCAAACGGUGUUCAUGUGGUGUUGUAUAGUUCUGCUUUAGUGAACAAAAAAAACACAUUAACAUGUUUGCCUUUUUGUAUGCAUUAAUGAUUGAUGUAUUGUGACACUUGAGCUGUCAGUGAGACACGAUCAUUGUUUUCAAUCCUAGUUGGCACCUUAUUGUACUGUAGAGUGAUCACACUGUCAGCCCUUUACAAGGUGACGCUUUUUUUUUUUAAGUAAAAUUGCCCUUUAAGUUAUUUUCUUGGUAAAUUUAAUUCACAACUCUGGUUAAGUCAAUUAAAAUGACUGUUGAUGGUUCAAUCUGAUGUUUAUUCCCCUGUUCAGGCAUUCAGCCUGUUCUCUCAUCAUGAAGGGAGGUAGCUACUUCUGCAAUUGUGAAAAAUACAAAGGUAAAUAUAUGAUCAGGCACAUUUUUGACUUACAUGUCACACCCAGAAGCUUGCUAGGUGCUGUCAUCUUCAACUGUUGAAUAAACGGUUCAUAUGAAUUUCAGAAAAAUGCACUGACUGUACUACCCCCUGCAUGAAUACAUUUGAUUUCUUAAAAAGAAAUAUGUAUAAGGGCCUGAAUUUAUUACUUAAGUCACUGCCUUAUGCCCUCUGGUUUGUAAAGCCGGGUUUUUGUUGAUAUGCCAAAAUUGCUAAUUUUCUGUUUGUUUUUUCUGUAUAACUCCCAUAGUGUAACCGUGAGAUGGCUAAAUGUUUGUCUCUUUACUGUUGAAGACUUUUAAGAUUGUAUAGUAUGUUCAGUUGUUGAAUAGGCUGAAUAAAAA